UACAGUUUCACUUCUAAGUCCAUCAUUAGCAUUUACUUUUCAGCCUACAUUUAAUUAUUUUAAGAAGUAAACCAAAUGUUUACCGACUGAAGUAUCUUAUUCAUUAUUAUCAUUGAUCAGCACCCUACGCACUUCCUUUCUAGGUACUGUGAAGGUUGUGGUGCGUGACAGGAAGAGAAAAGACCCGUUAUUCUUCUCAGCUAUAUGUUGUAACAUGAUAUUAAGCGAAAAAUAAUUGGAGACUUGGGAGAAAAAACAAUGGCUUUCAGAAACCUUCCAAACCGUAACGAUGUACUUCAGUGGUCCCCAAAUCAUUUGGCUGACUAUUUCAGAAUGCUGGAUUGGAAAGACUGUGAAAAAGUUGUUAAAAAGAAUGGUAUUACUGGACAGAGAUUUCUGAGCAUGUCCGAAAAUGACAUUCAGAAGUUCCCUACGCUACGUGUGCCACAGAUUCAUCAGCUGUGUCAUGAGAUUAACAAAAGAGAGGGGUCAAGGAGUUUCUUCCCAAAGAGGCAUCAGAAUCAAAUAAUUCAUGAAUCUACAGAUGACAGAUCCAUUGAUGACGUGGGGUGGGACUCAGAUGAAUUUACAGAGGAUGAUGACGACUAUGAGGACCCAGAUCAAGAGCAAGACUCUGGGGAUGAUGGUGGAGAUUAUGAAUCACCAAAUGAAGAUGGUGAAGGGCAUAAUAGUGACAAUGAUUAUGAACCACCUCCUUCAAAUGAUGAAGAAGCUCAUCAGAUCAAGAUAUGUGCAGCAAAACCAAUCUCCAAUGACUCAGACUAUGCAGAUAAACGGUCAACAAUAAAAUCAACUAACCAUCCACCCAUUCCCCCUCAGCGCCCUGGUUCAGUGCCAAUUACACCAGCUGGAAACAGGGGCAAUAUUGCAAACAUGUUCUCCACUCUCACUGUCAAUGAGGAUUCAGGUCAAAGCAAAGAUCGAGGCUUUUCAUCACCUGGCUAUAGAGCUCCUGUUGUCGACAGAAGUAGGAAACCCCCUUUGGACCAGUCAGCAUCUGGACACAGUGAAAGAGAUUCCCCUUCAAUGGUGAAGAAAUCUCCAUUUCCAGAAAAGCCUGCCAUGCCUGGACCACCCAGACCUCCAUUUGGCAACAGAUCAGACCCUUCCACUAGGAUGCCAAAACCAACUGUGCCAGUGGAGAGAAAUAAUUCAUCGUUGGGUCGGAGGCAAACAUCUCCAAGACCAAGUAUACCGGACAGAAGACUUGACGAUGAAGAAGAUAACUUUCCUCAGAGACCAUUACCUCGACCAGUUGAUUCUGCUUUGAAUGCCAACACAUUCCCAUACAGAACUCCAAGGCCAGGACCUAAGCCCAGCUUCUCUGGAGGGAACCAGCUUGCCAAUCCAGAAAGUCUUUCUCCGAGUGCCUCACUGCCACCACGUUUUCAACAAGAAAACAAGCAAUCUUUUUCAAGAGGUCCAAGUGACCCCAGACCGCCUUUGCCUUUACCAGUUAAUAAAGGGCGACCAAUUCCGCCAGCACCACAGGAACAGGGUUUGCCCAGGGAAUGGUACGUGAGUGACAUUGGUCGAUCAGAAGCUGAAGCAGCUCUUCGCAGUAUUAAUGAGGAUGGUACUUUCUUAGUGAGAGACAGCUCACGUAGAAACAAUGAGCAGCCUUAUGUCUUGAUGGUACUGUUUGGAUACAAAGUAUACAACAUUCCAAUCCGUUAUCAAGAGGCUACGGAUGUGUUCUUGUUGGGAACGGGACUGAGAGGAAAGGAAAACUUCAGGUCAGUGACAGAGAUUAUCGAGUACCACUCACAGAUGCCACUUCUACUGAUUGAUGGUAAAGAUCCUAGCGGAGUGCACAGGAAUCAGUGUGUGCUAACAUAUCCAGCAGGCCGAUAAAUACUGUGACUUGCUUUAGAUGGACCUGCAUUACAGGCAACUUGAAGUACAGCCAAGCAGUGAACCUGUCAGCUCCUUUUAUAGGGGAAUCUGUAUAGUCUCACCUGUGUAUCCCUUGAUGUGCUCUGUAUUGUGCUCAAAAUGUGACAAAGCCUUUCUUAUUACUUUGCCAAUGGCUGGUUAGCAGUGUAUUGAUAGCAUUCACUCCUUUUAGGAUUAGAUAUUGGUCUCCAAACAGAAACUCCUAACCAAAAUCAAAAGAACUGCAGAUACUGUACAUCAGGAACAAAAACAAAGUUGCUGGAAAAGCUCAGCAGGUCUGGCAGCAUCUGUGGAGGAGAAAACAAAGUUAACAUUUCGGGUCACCAGAUCUGAAAUGUUAAUGCUGUUUUCUCCUUUGUGUAGAAACUCCGAACAGGCCUGCUAUCAGAUUUCUCCCUUCAAACACACUGACCCCUCUCUCCUACUGAACAUACUGACCCCCUUCCCAUCAACACACUGAACACACCCAACCAAACACACUGGCCCCUCACCCUGAACACACUGACCGCCGUGAACACACUAAUCCCCCUAAAUACACUGAACACCCCCCACCAAAACACAAUAACUCUCCUAAAGACACGGUACCCCACUCUGAACACACUGAAACCACCCCCCCCGACCCCAAGCACUCUGAUCCCACAACAAACAUUCUGAGCAGCCCCUAUUGAAAUACAGUAACUCCUCCUGAACACUGUACACACGCUGCCCAACCCCACCCCCACCCCCACCCCAGAAAACACUGAGCACCUCCUCUGUUGGAAUACAUCUGACCUCUCGGAACACGCUGAGCACCCCUCUCCCCAAAUGCAUUGACCACUUCUAAACACAUUGCCCCCUUGAACACACUGCCCUUUUUCCCCCAACUCCUGAAUAUACUUCUGUCUGGACAGCAUGAACUGGGUUGGCAGGUAGUAGUUGGUCGAGCAACAUCUAUUUCAUGAGCAUAUAAACCACAGGCUAAGACAACAUUUACCUGGCUGAAUGCUUAUCUUUAACACUUGCCAUGUCAUUUUUUUUGUCAAAAGUCCAACUGUUCAGAUCUCACUUUUAUAAAUCAGUGUUAGCAAGAAUGCCACAAUAAACAGAGCCUCUCAACAUCUCAAUACCAAACACAAAAGCAUUUCAGCACAACUAGUUUCAUUUAUUGUGAUGGAUAAUAAAAAAAAUUUCCAAUUUAUACAGUGCACUAUAAAAGAAUAUUGCUUCAAGUAUCAAUGUGCAGAAUGUCAUAGGGCAAACUGAGGGUCAACUCUAGGUUACUGGGGUUGCCUGAAAUAUAGAUUAUAAACAGACUUUGAUGAAACCUGUCACAAUGGCUCAAUUUUCAAUUCAUCAUACAACAAACAUGUUUUUUAAAACUUGCAAAUACAAUUAUUGUAUCAACCUUUCUCCCCUGAUGUUAUGAUGAUUACAGUUGUCUAUUAUUCAGAACAUUACACAAGGUUGGACUGCUAGAUCAUUGUUGUAUACAAAUAAUUCUGAGAAUUGUAAUAAAGAACAAUUUACUGUAUUUCUGUUGCCCUAUGGAUUUCCUCAAUAUUGAUAUUCUAUGAAGCUACAAAAACAGGACAAUGAGGGUAAAUUGAUUCUUGAUCUCCAUUGUUCCAGACUGGCUGAGGUUACCAUAAAGGAUUCUCCUUCUCAGCCUGUCCCCUCAUCUGUGGCAUGGUGACCUCCAGGUUAAACCACUACCAAUAAUCUCUCUCUCUCUGAGAGCAGUGCUAUGGUCUGGUAGGACAAUUGCAACCUUACCUUUACAAU